UGCGUUAUUACUAUUUACAACUUAUGAGAACUUCAACUCAUUAGUCAGAAAGGACAUAACUUUGCAAGUAAAUUAUGUAUCUGCUUUGCGUUUGCCUGGCUCUUUGUGAACGAAGUAAUCCACAAAUUUACAACUUGUUUAAAUUGCUGCAAUCAAGCAGCACAAAGAUGCAUUAUCCCUCUGCCCCCCUCCAAAAAAAAAGUAAAACAAAACAAAACAAAACAAACAAAAACAUAGAUACUGAAACAAACUCAGGUUUACAACAACUGCAACAAAAAAGUAGACAAUCUUUUUUCAAAUGAUAACUUUUCUUGAAUUUAUCUUUGACACAGGUGUUCUAAUUUCUGGUAACCGGACGAGAAGGUAACCUAACAAUGACAGAAAAGUUUCCAAGGAAACUCAGCGUGCUUCAUCACAUCCGGCAUGUGAAGCGACACUUCUUCAACUGCAGCAGCCAUACUAUCAUCAAUGUACUGCAAUAUGAGACACUAUUUUCCCUGCAGCAGAGGAGGAAAGGCGCCAUUGUCAUACACACUUUGGUUUGUUUGUAUUGCUUCGGGGCGUUAGCGGUAUUGUGCGAUCACUAUUUUUGUGCUUCACUUGAAAAACUCUGCAGACGGCUCCGCAUUCCAACAGAUGUCGCGGGCGCGACAUUCAUGGCUGCUGGUAGUUCCAUGCCCACCCUGUUCAUUGCAAUCGCGUCCGUGUUCAUGGGCGAAGGUGAUAUAGGCCUGGGCACUAUAAUUGGCUCAACAAUGUUCAAUAUUCUUUUCAUAUCGGCGAUUUGUGGGCUGUGCUCUGGUAUGGCGAUAACCUUACACAUGUGGCCGCUACUGAGAGAUUCUAUCGCGUACACCGUUCAUCUAAUUGCUUUACUGAUUGCCAUCGAAGACAAUAUGGUUCACUGGUAUGAAGCAGUAGUGUUUCCGUUCUUGUACUGCGGUUAUAUAAUCAUCAUGUGCUAUAAUAAAAGACUGGAAGGAUUGUUCGAGAGACUGUGCUCAAGGUUUUGCGACUUUCGCAAAGGAUUUGAAAUGGUCCCAAUGGAAGACCCCCGGGAAAUCGCAAAGGAGGAAGCUACUAAUGAAGACAGCACCGCAAAAUCCGGGGGAGAAGAAACUAGUGAUAAAGGAGAAAAUGUUGAUGAGACAGAUAAAGAAAUCACCAACAGUACAAACGAAGAAAAAGAUAAAAGUGACUCAGAUAAUUCAUGCUCUCAUAUUCACGGUUUUUCACCGAAAUCGCCAUUCGAAAUUCCCAAAACUUCUUUUAAAUUAGUUAUCUGGGUUGUCAUGUUGCCGAUCCAGUCUCUUUUCUUCAUCACCAUGCCCGACUGUCGAAAAAAGGGCUGGGAGAACUGGUACCCAGUUACAUUUGUAGUAUCAAUUCUAUGGAUGGCCAUCAUAUCAUACGUACUUGUAUGGACCGUGUCAAUUAUAGGCGAGACGUUUGACAUCCCAGAAUGCAUCAUGGGAUUGACAUUACUGGCAGCAGGCUCUAGUGUCCCGGAUGCAAUGGCGAGUCUCAUAGUCGCUAAGCACGGCAUGGGGGACAUGGCGCUAGCUAACUGUGUAGGAAGUAAUAUUUUCGACAUUCUUUGCCUGGGGCUUCCAUGGUUUUUAGCCACGACAGUCGUUCAUCCAAACAGCGUCGUUUUAAUUCACAGCGGUCACGUGGUUUACACGUCUCUUUGUCUUUUCGGCACAGUUUUUGCGACAUUGUUUGUAAUUCAUCGAAGCGGUUGGCGGUUAGAUAAACGUACAGGGUGCAUACUUUUGAUUACUUACGUUGUUUUCUUAUCAGCUGCUGUUAUUCUAGAGGCUCUGCCUGGAGGACCCGGCGGUCAGGGGGAUGGGCCCAAGUUAAGCCCACAUCACCCUGGUCACGUGCCACAUAAAGGACUGGGACACCAUAAGAAUGCUCCUUUGAAGAAAGUCACGUGACCUAUCGAGGUUACCGGAGCUGGCGCUCGGAAAGACCACGUAUCAUAUGGUUACAGUAUCUCGUGUUGUCGCCGAGGCAGUUCUCUGUGUAUUUGAUUCGGUAAGAUAUCUAAGCAGUCGGAAUCUUUAGCUGCUCUAUAACAAGAUUCGUAUUUGAUAAUAAUUAUAAGAAAUUAAGAGCUUGACCGCGCGCCAUAAAGUACGUUUGUAAGCCCCUUCACAGACAAACUUCUUAACCAAAAAUAAAACCAGACAUUGAAACGUGGAAUCUUUCAUGAGCCGUAUCAAAUGUAUUAGGUUCGACGCAUAAACUGUUUGGCGUUUUAACCAUGUCUCAAAGUUGUAACAUUCCAUGGCUCCUCCGAUAUAUCUCGAUGAGAGUGGAUCGAGAGAGUUAGCAUGGCAGAGCAAAAUUGUAAAUGCUACCUUGUCCAGUGAAAGGGCAAGUUCCUCGGGCAAAUCGAAGUUCUUGCCCUUGAGACCCACUUGCACCUCUUGCCACUAUAAUUGUACGCUAUUCUAUAGACUCGCUUAGGCCAGUAACCAGUAAGUUAGCGAGGUAUAA